AUGGUUCUGAGGAAAAAACUGAGUUGCUUAUGGACGUUAGGUCUCUGUCUGGUAGCCAGUAAAUCGUCUACUAAAGUCCCCUCUAUCGAAGACCAGAGUUUUAAAGACCAGUGCAUCAAGGCUCAUAACGAAAUGCGUAGCAAAGUCUGGCCCCCCGCGGCUGACAUGAAAUACAUGACUUGGGAUGAUGGUUUAGCGAAGGUUGCUAAAGCGUGGGCAAACAAGUGCAGAUUCGAACACAACUCCUGUUUAUCAAUGUCAUACAGAUGCCAUCCAACUUUUCAAUUUGUUGGAGAAAAUAUCUGGUUAGGUGGAUUAAGCAUAUUUCCACCAAAAUUUACUGUUGUUGCUUGGUUUAAUGAAACUGAAUUUUAUGAUUAUAAUACCCUAUCAUGUUCCAAAGCUUGUGGCCAUUAUACACAGGUAGUUUGGGCCAAUUCAUAUAAAGUUGGUUGUGCAGUGACAAUGUGUCCUAAACUUGGGGGAUUUGAAACUGCAAUAUUCAUAUGCAACUAUGGACCUUCAGGAAAUUUUCCAAAUAAGCCCCCUUACACUAAAGGAGUAUCCUGCUCUUUGUGUGCAGAAGAAGAAACUUGCAAAGAGAAUCUCUGCCGUAAUAAAGAACGUGAUAAACCGGAAAAAUAUCCAGAUUGGAAUCCACAGGGGAAGACACCUCAGCAGAUAUCAUGUAAUCCAUUGUGCCUAGUUCCUGUUCUUCUGAGACUAUUUUAA